AUGGCGCUCAAGGUAUGGCAUCAGUUAACGCCCUACCUGGUCUUCAACUCAAGUGUCUUUCUUCUCGGCGCCGUCAUGUUCGGCAUUGACACCGGCUCUUUUGGUUCGUUACAAGCCCUUCCGUCGUUUUUGAACCGUUUCGGGGUCAUGGAUGCCAAGGGGAAGUUUGCGUUGCCACCGACGCGGAAGGCUUUGAUGAACUCAUUACCAUGGACUGGGAAAGUUGUUGGUUGCGCCAUUGUUGAAAGGGUUAUUGAAGCUGUUGGGUACAAGAAAACCAUGUAUGUUGUCGGGAUGGUGCAAAUUGUGGGCAUCAUCAUCGAGUUGACAGCACACAACUGGGCUCAGUUCACUGUUGGCCGUAUAAUCGCAUACUUCGCCGUGGGUCUGGUCGAAAACGUUGUGCCGGCGUACAACGCCGAGACAGCCCCAGCAGCGGCACGAGGUCUUCUGUCAGGUUCAAUAAUGUUCGUCACCGGACUCGGUAACCUCUUGGGCGCCGGGCUGUCACGAGCAUACGCGACCACCGAAACGCAGAAAGGCUGGAUGAUUCCGACAUCAAUCCAGCUUGUUCCUGCUGUCGCAUUUCUCGUCCUCAUACCGUUCACCCCAGAAUCCCCACGGUGGCUGGUCCUCAAAGGUCGCAAGCAAGCAGCCAAAGCUUCCCUCGACAAGAUCAGACCUAAGCAUGAUGUCGACAACGGAGCCACGGCCGCCGAGGUGGAAGCGAUCGACCUGCUUAUCGAAGAGUCCAGGGCCAACGAGCGUGGGUCUUGGUUGGAUAUAUUCCGCGGAAACUACCUGAGACGUACCUGGAUCUGUGCGACGCUGUUCGUCCUUGAACAAAUGAAUGGGAAUCAAUUUGUUCUAUCGUACGCCCCUACAUUCUAUGUACAACAGGGUCUGGGCUCUAUGUCCUUCACCUACAACAUUAUAGGAGGGGCGAUCGGGGUUGUUGGAUGUCUAGCCGGCCUUCUUCUUUUCGAUUUCACAGGGCGUCGUCCUUUAUUCAUUGGAGGCAGCGCUGUGGCAACCUUCCUUCUUUACCUCGCUUCGGGCCUGGGCCUGAUCCAUAACCCGAACCACAGCGAGACAUAUACUCUCGUUGCCUGCUUCAUGAUCCUCCCGGCUUUCUGUCGGAUAUCGGCUUCAAACUGCGCUUUCCUGACAGGCGCCGAGAUAGGAGGGGUCAGAAUGAGGAAGAAGAUAAUGUCAUUCGGUACAGUCUGUGAUGUCGUGGCUGCUUUUCUGGUCACCUUUGUAACACCCUACCUGCUACCCGGCAUGGGUGUUAACAUUGGCUGGAUCUUCGGGUCUGUUGCGCUCUUUUCCACUCUUUGGGGAGCCCUGUUCUUUCCAGAACUCAAAGGUCGGUCUUUGGAAGAAGUUGACGAAUUAUUCGCCGCCAAGCUCCACGCAUGGCAGUUUAAGAAAUACGAGACUUGUGGGACGGGCCGGCUGCUGACGACAAUCGAGAAUGAAGGAGUCGCUCUGCCGGUGAAGGCCCAAGAGCUAAAGGCCGAGGUCACCCAUUCUGAGAUCAUCGCACCGAAGACUGGCGAUUGA